GUGACGUCAGACGCACACACCAGGGCUAGGACAGAAUGGCGAGUCAGUGCGGUAGCCCCAGAUGUACAGCAGAAAGAAGAGGUUUUCGGCGGGAACUCGAUUCGUGGCGGUACAAACUCAUACACUGUGUAGGGUUCGAAAGCAUCCUGGAAGGGCUUUAUGGACCAAGGUUACUCAGAGACCUCAGUUUAUUUGAUGACUGUGAACCUGAAGAAGUGACUGACUGGUCUAUGAAUGAAAAUUGUUCAUUUUGCUGCAUAAGGAGAGAAAAAGUCAAGGACCAUAUCUCGUCUGUGAGUGCACCUACAACACUGACAUCUACUGAGGAAUCUCUAUCUCAGGGGCAGUCCCACACUGAAAAGCUUGAAUGCCAGGCAGACAAGUUUCUUAAUGCUAUCUUUCACAAAAAAGACCUUCCUCAGAACUGUGAUCGCAACAUUCCUCUAGUUGCUCAGGAAAUAAUGAAAAGAAUGAUUCGUCAAUUUGCAAUUGAAUAUAUAUCCAGAAGUAAUCAUGUUCAUGAAACUCAGACUGGAUCAACUGAUGAAUCUGUUUCAGUCCCAAAUGAUCCUCCUGCCAAGCAAACCCAGAACUUUCACCAGGAGCAGGAGGGACCCCUAGACCUCACUGUGAAUAAAAAUCAACAGAAAAAUUUUCAACAAGCAGAUGGAGUGCUUGAUCUGUCUACAAAGAAGAAUAGUAUAAAUUCCACAAUAUCAACUGGAUCUAGUCCUGUAUCAACCACUAUCAAAUUAUCAGGUUAUAAGAUGGAAACUGAUGCAGGAACGGUGUCCAACUUUACUGAGAAAACUGGUCACAUAAACCACAAAAUAACUGCUUUAAAUGAAAUUUUAUCUACAUUAUGCCCUAAUCAUCGGAAACUUCUUACUACAAUGCUGAAGUGUCUAAUCCAAGAGAAAGAUGCUUCCAAUGUACAAUACAGAGGUCAAAGAAUUUCACAGUUUCAAAAUUUCUCACCUGAUUUCAAUGAAAAUAAAGUAAGUGAGGGAUUAUGUAAUUGUAACGGAUUCAAACGGUGUGAAAGUUGCACCGUGCAAACUGUACAGCAAGUUCCUUUUCCAUGGGUUCCUCGCUGCAUGAAAGACCUACAUUGUUUAUCAUGCAAAAAAGGCACUCUUGGGUGUUUCACAAUAAUAAGUAAUGGAGUUUGCAAACUGUGUAACAAAAGCAAUAUCUACCAGAUUUACACUGGGUCUUAUAAACAUUUUUCUGGAUGCAUUUAUGCUGAAGGAGCUACCAUUCAAGCUUGCAAUGAACUUCCAGUCGAAGAGUUUUGCAACAUAGAAACAACAGAAUCUUCAGCCCUCGCAAAUAAUAUCAAAGAUUAUAGUAGACCACGAAGCCCGUCCCCUCCACCUUUGUCGCCAGUAAGAACUGAUGGGUUUGUAAUUGAUGCAAUAAGUAAAACUACUUCAACAUUGGAUGCUAAUAGUAUUGAGCUUAUCAUCACCCAACCUCCCUCCCUUUCACCAGAAGAGGAAGAGGAUUGUGGCCCAGGGGUCUCAAGCCAAGCUCAGACCAAAUCAAAAUUUGCAGAAAAAAUCGAGCAAGGAGGGGAUGAAUUUGAGGUAAUUGAUGGUGAAAUCAAUAGAUCACCAGAGUCUGAGAAUGAUCUGGAAAAAGGUGAAAGUUCUGCUUCAUUUCAGGAGGUAAUGGAACGAAUAAAUGAAAAACUGAAAACAAUUGAAACAACAGAUGACGGCCAAAUUUUGGCCAAUCUCUCCAACAAUGAUUCUUACCAAGGGAAUAAUGGUAGUUUUAAAUUGAGAGAAAUUACAACUACUUUGUUACACAAAGCAAAGGUCAGUGAUUAUAGUCUAAUGGAGUUACUUAAGCAGCAUGAGAAAAAACGAGAAAACCGAAUAAUUCAAACCCGUUUUCGGAAACGUCAAGAAACGUUAAUUGCUUUGCAUAAUUCUCCAGAUUCUCCAUUAUCUCGACGCCAGACAGUGCAAAUAAAGAGAGAACUUGCAAAUCUUGACCAGCUUUUUUUAAGUAAGGAAUCAACAUCUGAAAAAUUUGGAAAGAAAUCAGCAAAGAGCAGCAUUAGAGAUGCAAGUUCAUCAGACAUAGAAUAUUCACUUAUCAGUGAAAAUACAUACCCUAGUAGUUUUCCUGACCGGUAUGAAGCUGAAUGUAUGCACUUAACUGAAGAAUGUGUACCAGGUGAAACAGGAGAUGUGACAGAAUGCUUAAAUUCAUCAAAAGAGAGUUCAGACUCAGAUCUGUUAAACAUUCUUGAGGUAGAUGAAAUGUGUGUGGAGACUCCAAGGGAUAACAUUGAGAAGUCAGCAGCUGAUCAUGGUUGUAAGGAAACUCCUGUGGCCUUAGAAAAUUCUGAGAAAGUAGGUUGUAGGUCCAAUAUUGGCAGGACCAAAAGAAAUAUUCUGCCUCCAGAACGGUUUUCUAUAUACAUUACUGAGCCUAGAAAAAUGUUCUAUGCUGCUUGUUUUUCAGAAAAUCUCCAGCGAAGACCUAUUAAAGCAAAAAAAUCUGAUGUAGACUGUGACAGUAGUGCUUGUAAAAUCUCUAACGCUGACAGCCCUAAGGAGCAAGGUCUACACAAUGAUAGGGACCAUGUAAUGGUAUAUGAAAUGACUAAAAGUUUAGAAGUUUCAGCUUCUGGUCAGCCUGAGCUUCUGAAGGGCAUAAACAGCAUUGAUAGUUCAAUAGGCAAUGAAAAAGAUGGAAAUGCUCCUAAUUUACCUGGGGUAAUACUUCGUGCAUCACAAGAACCAAAUGAACUUAUGGAUCAAUGCAAUAAUAAAAAGCAAAAGGCACCUAUAGUGUUAAACGCUGAGCCAUUAGAAACAGUUUGUUCCAUGGAGCAUAGUGGCACUGCACAACCUGAUAUUUGUAUUGAUAUUUGCACUAAGGAUAACUCAAAAUUUGUUGGCAAAUGUGGAACUUUGGAGAAUGCUGUAAACAAUUUACUUUCUAGUCCACCUGAAUGUGGAUCCACAAACAUAUUUGACCCUAAUUCAUUGUUGGAGAGUGACUGUCUGAGUGCAGAUUCUCCAUUGCAGCAGAGGUGCCUACAUCAUGCAAUUUGUGAAUGCUCAGUUCACGAGAAUACUGGUUCUACAAAUAAAACAGGCACGAGUCAGAAUUGUCCUGUUAACUACAGCAGCCCCAUAAAGCUGAUGUUUCUCUCUAAGAUAAGCAGUGAGAAAGGAGUUAAAUAUACGCUGACAUCUGUAAACUCUUCUAAGCUUGACACAAACCCUUGUAUUUUAAAGAUUGGCCCUGAAAACAUGCCCCCCAAAGCACCAGAGGAUGAUAAUUCAUCUGCUUCUGAAAGUGGUGAUACAGUGGAAAAUUUUCAAAAUCCACCUGCUGCUGAAAGCGGUAAUACAACAGAAUGUUUGCAGAGUUGUUCAGAAAGUUCUUCAGCUUGUGAGGAAAUAAAUUGCAAUCUUGAAAUGGAGACAUUCGGUUGUAAUAGUUCUCUUUGUGCCUCAAACAAUUAUGUAAGAAAUGAUGCUGAAGUUGAAAUUACUGAUCAAAUAGUAGAAAUGACAGUGACUUCAAAGGAAAUGGACACAUCUAUUCUAAAACGUAAACCUGGCCGUCCGAAAAAACUAGGCCCACCUGUGGAAAAACAGAUUAAAAGACCAAAGGGUAGACCACCUAAACCUAAAGUAGAGUUAUCAGAACAUGUUGAGUGCGCAGCUGAAGCGCCAGAUAUUGAAAAACUCAAUACAUCGUAUCCAUUUUUCACCGAUGACAGCCGUAAUAUUAGAAUUACUGUUGUCUAUGGAAGAUCACGAAGGUUCAAAAGAUUUGUGUCUGAGAAUAAUAAAAUUGUAGCAAAUAAUCACCCUACAAAUGCUAAUGAAAGUGAUUUCAAGCAAACUUGUGGGAAGCAAGUAGAAGAAAUUGUACAGGGCUCUGCAGUGGAAUUUGAUGGCAGGCCUGAUAAUUCUGCAUCCUCUUUGAUUCGAAGUGAAAGUGGAUAUGAUCUAGUAAGGCCAAUUAAAGAUAAGACUGUUUCACUUCAUACCAGUGGCAAUGCUAUUUGUCCAAAUAGUAAGCCUACUGCUGUUAAAACUUGUAAAGGUGGACAACGAAAACCUGGGCGUCCUGCAAAAGUGAAGAUUUCAGGUAUAUCUGUAACUGUUGAUGCAGUAUCACCUCAGGAAAGAAAAGUUUGUAUUAAUAGUGUAUUACCUCCAUUAGACCAAGAGUCUUCACCUUCAAAUAAAUUAUUCGCAGAUGCACCUAUCAGAGACAGUAAUUCAUAUAAAGAAUCAUUAAGAAUCCAAAAUGAUUGUGAAACAAGCUCAAAAGAAAGUGUUGGUGAGAAGAAAGUAAAAUCUGCCAUACCCUUGAGGCACUCUGUUAGACUUAGAAAGCCAUCUCUGUACUUCCUGCAUUCCUUUGCAAACUCCUGUUCGUUUUCUCAAAGUAGUGCUUUGGUACGUAAAUCUCGUAAGCUGCUUUUAAACAAAGCAGGGAAUGAACUUGCUAAAAGCAGAAAGUUGGGUAUUAAGAUGCCAUCUGAGAACAUCAGCUCAAAUAUUAUAUCAGGGAGAAAUGAGGAAACCAAGGAUGAAGUAGCUGAAUUUGACUGUGGUUUGGAAAUGUCAGCAGAUCCAAUUUUUAUAUCGAGCACUUCGCUCAAGUGGUGGCACACCUCCACUUCUAAACAAACUUUGCAGCAGGAACUUGACACGCGAUUUGAACAGAUAAACAGUGGUUGGCUUCCUGUUGAUGCUGCAGAAUUGAUUUCUUCUGACAAAAGGAAAUACCCAGUUCAGUUAGAAAGAGUAACCAAAUCUGUGAUGGUUGCAGAUGAUAAGCAGGUUAAAAUUUCUCCUAUCCAAAUGUUGUUUCAGGGAAAUUGUAAUAUGGAUAAAAUUUGUGCCUGGUUUAUGCAAACAACAGAAACUCAUUCUUUGUCCAUUGUACGAAAAGAGAAUGCACGUGAUCCUAUUGAAGUUCUGAACGCUAAAGGACUUCUAGCAGCAGGAAAUCAAGUUGAUACCUUCCCAAGUCCUCAGGCAGAACAAUUGAAAAAGCACCUUAAAAAAUUUGCACUAGAAUCUCCUGUAAGGCCAAGGGGGCACUUCCAUCUGUCAAACAGAAUGUCCAAGUUUAAAGUCUUUAAAGCUAAAAGGAAGCUUUUGGUAGGAUAUAACAAAAGAAUUUGCUGUAAACAACAUUCAAGCCAUGGAAAUUUGUCACACCAUCCCAGUGUUCAGUACAAACAAUGGAAAUCGGUUUGGAAAUGUGUUAAUGGAAAUCCACAAUACCAAAGUCUGAAACAAGACUCUGUGAACACAGCAGAAAGCAAAAACAGUCAAAAAACUGAGCUUGAAAUAAAUAGCUUUCCACCUGAAAGAGAACCUGUGUUACUGCCCAGUGGAAAGGAAAAUGAAAACCAAGAUAAACUUAUACCUUUAAAUAGCAUAGGUGUUGGUUUGUCUGAUUGUGCAGCCAUACAAAAUUCAACAAACAACUCCAAAUGCAAAAGAACAGAAAAACUAGCAAGUACAGCAAAACAUUCGGAACAAGAAGAACCUUUUGUGGAGGGGCAAAAAAAAAACACUUUCAGAAAUGCAAACUGGAAACUGGGGAAUUUUAAAGAGUGCAGGGUAUUCCUAAGGAAGAUCAACUCUCUGGAUCAGAGCCAUUUUAGAAAUUACGAUGCUUGGCAACAGUCCAGAAAUAGUCCACCUGAUAUUAAAGGCACAAGUAACCUUCAGAGGUACACUGAAGAAAAUAGUGAUCCAUGCAGUGAAAUAAAUGCCCCUGCUGUUAAUGCAUUUGAAACACAAAGCCUAAACUCUGCAGGUCCUACUUUAUGUGAAUUAAAAGGGAAGAGAAAGCACAAAGAAAGGACAAGUAAUGAGAACGGGUUAAGCAGUUCACCAUCUAAAAAAGUUAAGCACUUUGCUAGCAAGCAGUCAAUGCCCUGCCAAGUUGACAGUGAUCACUUCACUUCAUUGAGUAGCAACAGUAACCCGGUCAAUGAAAAGAGUCCACAAAAGGAAAAUGCAGAGAUAGUGAAGAAUAAUGCAGGGAAAAGGAAAAGACAUCCAGGUGUGAGCACAGCUGCAACAUCAGUGAAGAGGAUGAGACGAUCAUCUGAACAAAGAUUACAAUAUAAUCAAUUACAGUUCCAAAUAGGAAACUCAAGUUGAUGCAGGAUCAUACCGUACGAUGGAUGGCUGAAAUUAAACAAUACAUCAAUUGCUACCAAGACUUGGCACAUCUUAUCAUAAAUUGAGAAAUUUUAGAAGAAAGCUAUCUUAUCUCACUCAGCAUUUAAUUAGUGCCUUAAUAUUCAGCCUAUUGAUUCAGGUUGAAUGUAUGUAGCAGUAUAUUUUGUGUUUGCUGCUUUGUAGCCAAAACCUGAAGCUGUGUGAACAAUAUUGUAGAUAUCAGAUGUUGCACUAAUACUUUUUUGUACAAAAAUACUUUUUACUCCCAUUUUUGCUGCCUUGCAAGAACCUGUAAAAUAUCUACAGAUUAACAUUCCUCUAGAUUGCUACUAGAUCUCAAUGUCCUCUACAAUGGAAGCAUUAAUUGUUUUAUUAAUCAUUUUUUUUAUAUUAGCUUUUCUGUUUGAACUUUAUUUGCACCAAGCACAGCAUAGGUUGAAGGUCACAAUGCAUUAAAGGUUUAUAUUUUGGAAAGGAAAUAAUAGAAAAUGAUUUAUUUUCAUUGCCUAUGUUUUUGGAACUGAAGGCACUUCAAUUGUCGUACUCAUUUUACAUUACAUUUUACACAUUUUCUAUGUAUAUUCUAUGUUGUAAUCUUUUUUUUUUAUAAAUUUGUAUCCUUAAUGACUGGUUUGAUGAAUUUUCAAAGUUUUAAACAGUUUAAAUUGUGCUUUUGUGGAAACAGUUCUUGAUGCAGGAGUAAAACUACCUCAAACAGUUAAGUGAUGGUCUAGUCUAAACCUUUUGUUGGGGGAAGGGGGGGUCCGUUGAUACAAUAUGUGUAAACUCUGGUACCAGCAACUGCACAAUUUUGUUGCAAGUCUGUGGCAAUAAUUUAGUCACAGACCUGAAAGAACUGACUGUUGUAAUAUCAUGGUCCAAGUACACAUUAUCAGCCUAUUUUGCCAAGUGACAUUUAACUCAGGGAAAAUAAAACUUGUACUUUGUUUCCAGAUUACUUAGUCUGGAUAUAAGUACCCUGUGGUAAUAUGUUACUAUUCUGAAUGUGAUUACCUGUAGAGCAGAAUCUGUCUUCAAGGUAUCUUUUUUAAUGUUUACAGCCAUGGGCAGCUCACUUAUUCACUGCUCAAUCAGCUGUAAUUGUAUUUUUGAAGUCCUAAGUUGUUGUACAGAUUGUCUUGAAUGAGGGUUUUUUUUUGGUAAAAUAAAAAAAAGUUGUCAUCUUU